CAUUUUACUACUAACCCGAAAAACUCACGUGAUUCAAGGAGUGGCAUCCAAAGCCUAUUUCUAUUUAUAAUUAAGAAAUUGCCUUAACUGCAUGGCUGUGGAAGGUUGUUCAAAUAAAAUAAUUUGUUGGCAGUGUAUUUCACUGUAUUCACAUGUAGUUAACUGUUUACAGAAAGUUGUCUGUACGUUGUCUCAAAAAAACAUUCUAUUAUAGAACAUUAUUUUAAACGCGAUUAAUGUGAAUCCCAAACCUUUCAUAACUUUAUGAACCUCAGAACACAUGUAUUUCGCUUUACAAGCUUUAAAUCAAUUAUAAAAAAUAUGGAAUAAAAACGAUUCUUUGUUUUAGUAAAUAAUCUUUUCGAAUGUGGAACUCUUAACCAUACUUCAAACUACGACAUAAGUACAGGUUUUAAUGAUAAUUUUAAUCUGGAUUGUCGAUUGCUACUAGUUGACUAGUUCCAGAUUGGAGUUUUUGUUCAGCUGCCCAAAAUGAAACCGGAUAUUGGCAAAAUAUGUUUCUUUACAUUGUUAUAUCAAGAAGUUUAUUGUGAUGUUUAUCAUGGAAGUUUAACAGAAGAAUGUGUUGUAACUGAUUUUUCCCAAGUAACUGAGGCAGUAGAAAGUUGCCAAAGUACAAUUCUAGUACAAUUUAGGGGAAUUAUCACUUUUGACUACUCUGAAAGAAGCGACUAUCUGGUAAUGAUCAAUGGAACUAAUGUGGUCAUUGACGGUGAAGAAGACAGUAUUUUAAAUGGCCAAGGAGAAUUAUACUGGGACGGAAAAGGUACAUCUGGAAGCAAAAAGCCUAAGUUCUUCGCAUUGGAGCUACACAAAUCAGUAAUGAAGAAUAUGAAUAUUCUAAACGCACCCAUGCAUUGUGCUCAGCUCUUUAACUCUACUGAUGUGCUUCUAUCUGGAUGGUUAAUCGACAACCAGGCAGGAUUUCAAGCCCCGCUGGGGAAAAAUACCGAUGGAUUCAAUGUGCGGAAUGGAAGCAACAUAGUGAAUGAAAACAGCCUUGUAUUCAACCAGGACGACUGUGUAGCUCUUAAUUCUGGUAGUCACUAAAACUCCUCAAAUUACUUGAAGCUCAACUUACAGUUGAAUUCGCUUCAAAACGUAACUUUUAGAAAUUCAAGCGUCACAGGUGGUGAUAAUGGUAUUCACAUAAAAACUCAUGUAGAUGCUGGACUGGGUCUUAUACAAAACGUGACUUAUCAGGAUAUUCAAUUAAUAGACAUUGUUAAGAAAGGCAUCGGUGUCGAGGAAAAUUAUGGGGGUGCCAAAAAUGUAUCGGCUAGAAACAACAUCCCGAUUCGAAAUCUGAUUCUGGAGAAUAUUGUUGGAUCAGUUAAUAUAACAGCCGUGCCAAUUUACAUUUUAUGUGCCGAAGAUGGUUGCUUUGAUUGGACUUUCGCCAACGUGAUGAUCGAAGGAUCUAGAGAGAACAGCUGUAAUUUUACUCCAGAUGAUUUCAUUUGCUAGAAACAAAUAAUAUAUAUAACUACCUUUCCGCAUGUGGAAGUUCUGGUUUAAGCAAUUGAAACAUUCUUGCAAACAAAACAUUAAAUCAACAUAAAAAGCUCAUUUUGCAACUUAUUAUUCUGCCAUAAAAAAUAUUUUUUUGUUCGACAAUUUAAUUUUCAAAGCCCGAAAAAUAUUUUAAAACGAUUGUUACUGGUAAGCUUCUUAAGUGAAAAUGAAACUAAAAACGAAGAUUUUAUUUUUUUUCAACAGAUUUGAAAUACAUUAUAAGUAAUGGAAAAUUA